AUGGAAGUCUCGUCAGAGAACUUCUGGCGGCAGCUGCCGAAUAUUCUGCUGUCCAUCGCGAAGUCCGACUUCGUUGCCAUCGAUCUCGAGAUGACCGGCAUCACGGACAAGAGCUCGGCAGACCACUCAGGAAACCCAACCAACCAGCAAAUCUAUGAAUCGGCCAAGAAGAUUGCAUCCAAGUUCAACGUCUUUGAGAUGGGGAUGACGUGUAUCCAAAGCCAGUCAGACGGCUCAUACAAAACCGAGACCUAUAGUUUCACUGUCAGCCCCUACCUGCACACAGAAACGCGAGCUGAUGAAAAGUUCGUCAAAGGCUUGGAUAGGAGACUUUCUGUAUCAUACAACACUCUCAAGUUUCUUCGAUCGGAAGGCAUCCGGCUGGAGAAGGUCUAUGAGGACUGCGUUCCGUACCUCAGCCGCGAAGAGGCACGCUUGGCAGUUCGACAGAUGCAGCGCCGACAAGAUCCUUGGGACGCCAAAGAUCAUGGAUACAACGAGGACGACGAAGGUCUGACUACGUUUUCCAUUUAUGCCCAUAACACGAUUGUAAAUUGGCUUUACACCGAUCCAUGGAUGCGAACUCUAGAGAUCAAUGUCCUCUUACCCAACUCUGAUACUGGCUUCACCAAGAGGCGUGAGUCUCUAGAGGACGAUCUCAACGCAUCGUUGAGGAAGUACGCAGCCCUUGUCGGCGGCAAGUUUGCCAACCUCAUUAACCCCGACCUCAUUGUCGAAGCCAUGUCUGGCUGGCCUGGCGAAGCACAAUGCUUUUGUCGUGAGGUGCAUGAGCUUGUUCAUGCCGCGGCACCAGAACAGCGGGAAGAAUCUCCAGAGGAAGAAGUCGAGGAUCGCUAUUGCUCCUGGUGCUGCACACAUCACGACCGUGACACGGGUUGCGCUAGUACUUCCUUAGGACAGGACGUCGACUUUGGGGCCGACUACUGUGACUGGUGUUGCACACAUCACGACCCUGACACAGGCUGCUCUAGCACGUCCUCAGGUCAGGACGUCGAAGUGGCAUUUCAAACAAACUUGAUCACCAAAGACGAGUGCCUCUGUAUGAAGAAGCGGAACUUAUCCAGAAGCCGAGUUGGAGAUAAUGAGCUGAUGCCCUUGGUGUACGAUGUUCAUUGCGAACGUUGCUACCCCGAUCUUGGCAGCAGCCGGCCUGGGAUCAACUCUUCCCCUCACCAUGACAUCCCUCCACAGGCCACACAUAUUCAAGGAGCUCACUCGGCGAGCCACGAUGGAGAAUCCUCAAGCAGUUCGGAGGGAGUGGCAGGUGGCGGGUUUCAAGAGGGCGACACUGGUACUUGGCAUAUCACAGCUGAGAAAGCCGGCUGGGAUGAGCCGACUGGUUGGGACAAACUGCGUCACGAUCUCGAGGAUUUAUCCACGGAAACACUCAAGAAUGAAGUAGCAGAUGCUCUUCAGGAGCUAGAAACUUUAGGCCGAACGUCUUCGCCAACCAUUAUCGGACACAACCAAUUCAUGGACCUUUUGUUCCUUUACAACACCUUCAUCGACGACCUCCCCGACAGCUUUUUGGAGUUUUUGGUAAACAUUCACGAAUCGUUCCCACGCAUCGUGGACACGAAGCUGUUGGCCAUUAAGGACGACACGAUCGAGGGCGAAGACCCAUUGAUGGAUCUAUACAAUAGGUUCGAUGGCAACAGAACGCAGCCAAGCAUCCAUUGGGAUGCAGCUUAUGGCUAUGGCCGUCGUGGAACAGCCCAUCAGGCUGGCUUCGAUAGCCACAUGACGGCAGUUGUGUUUCUGCGAAUUGCCCACAAACUCGCCCGCGAGGAAUCGGCCAGGCUCGAGGGCCGAGCCGCGUCAUACGAGAGCAAAGAAUGGAGAUUGUAUGACAGAGAAUGGCUAUCAGCAGUUGGAUACGAUUCACAAUUCCUGGGCUAUUCGCAAGACUCGGACAUUGGCACAUGGAGAGAGUCCAACACCCAGGAAGGGUACGUGGGUCGGAUUCGGUGGCAGAUGGCCAUAUUCGACGACAUUCGCGACCGAAUUCGGAUCGCCCCCCGCAAGACAUUUAAUAUCGGGCCCGAAUGGCACAGCGUCCUUCCCGAUCAGGAAACUCCACCCAAUGAGAAGUUCAAGAAGGCCGGACGCCGGGAGAAGGCCGCGCUCGUGGAGGCUAAAGAGGUACUUGACAUGUGA